UUGCCGAACAGCACCAGCAGAGGACACCACGGGGUAGCCAUUUUGAAAAAUUCUGUGCUUACGCUUGCUUGUCCGUGCAAAAGGAUCCACUCGGAUCGACUUCCUUCCACGGGGAGUUAACAAAAGCUGGUGAUUUGUGCUGUGAAGUGAGCCCGUUCAUUGGCCGUGCUGUUUACCUUUGCCAGUUGUACCGUGUAAUCGAAAAAAUCGCGACCUGAAAAGCUCGGCCAUCCGCAGACGGUGGUUUACAACAAGUGUGCGCUUCAUGGCAGCAGUGGCGAUUGCUACGUCGUGGUAGAUUGUGGUUCCAAUCGGAAUAUAGAGCUGUUUUAUUGUGUGAGGUGCAGAAAAACUUACCAUCGUGGCGUCGUCUAUAGAAGCAACCAGCAUGGAGACGGUGCGGGUGUUCAAUCAGGAGCUAUCCGGGCUCUAUGAAUCGAAACCGCCGAUAUCGAAGGCCAAAAUGGCUUCGAUUACCCGGAGUGCUAUGAAGGCGAUCAAAUUCUACAAGCAUGUGGUGCAGAGUGUUGAAAAGUUCAUCCAGAAGUGCAAAUGCGAGUACAAAAUUCCCGGCCUGUACGUGAUCGAUUCCAUCGUCCGCCAGUCGCGUCAUCAGUUCGGUCCGGAGAAAGAUGUGUUCGCACCCCGGUUUGCACGCAACAUGGAAUCCACGUUUGCGCAUCUGUUCCGCUGCCCACCGGAAGAUAAGAGCAAAAUUAUUCGCGUGUUGAAUCUGUGGCAAAAGAACAUGGUAUUUCUGCCGGAAGUCAUCCAACCGCUGUUUGACCUUGCGAAUCCGGACCACCCGAUCCACCAGCAGUACAAUGCGCAAGUGCUUCAGGAGCAAGGAGGAGCAAAUGGGAUGAAUCUUGGUGGAGGGCUGGCCCAUGACUCACCGGUCGGUGGUUCGAUGGGUGGCAUGGACGAUCAUAGCGGCCAGCUACAAAUGGGCGAAACGAAGCAACUUGACCCGUCCACCAUCAGACAGCUGCAACAGUUCCAGCAAAUUUUGAUGCGCCAAACGUCCGGCGAUCAGGCAAACGCCGUCUCCAAGGAUCAGGUUAAGUUCAACAAGAAGCUGCUGGACUUUGAUUACGGCAGUGAUGAUGAUGAUGAUAAGAAUUCGCCAUCGGUUCCGAUACCGGGCAACACCGGUAUGCCGGAUCUGUCCCAGAUGCCCGGUGGCAACAUUGCGCAAAUUUUGUCAGACCCGAACGUGCUGAAACAGUUGCAGAACCUGCAGAAGCUUAAGCAGCAGGACGAAAAGCAAACCAAGCUGUCGGAAAUGCUGCUGAAGGAGGAAAAGUUCGAGAAGCACCUGGCCAGCGUUCUGAUGAAGUUGCCGUUCGCCAACGAAUGUGACCUUAGCCGACAGCCACAAAUUGAUCUGAAUGCCGGUCACUCGAAGGAUGUUGAUACUGAUAACGACGUGGCGAUAACUGGAGUUGAGAUCCUUGGAGAUCCUUUACCGGUCGGUGGCAGCCGUGGUGGAGGAGGCAUCGGACUGGGCGGCAGUGGCAGUGGUACUGCAGGCGGCAGUGGUGGUGGCGGCGGCAACAGCGAUCGCUACAAAUCAUCGUCUUCGUCGUCGAGACGCAAGAGCCGAUCGCGAUCACCCCGCGAUCGCCGCGGUGGUACCGGUGGCCGAGGAGGCGGUCGGGGCAGAUCACAUUCACGCUCGAGGUCCGUUUCGCCAAGGUCAUCCCGAAGGCGAUCGUCCCGUGAUCGUGGUAGCACCUCGACCAAGGAUCGGGAACGAGAGAAGGAGCACGAGCGCGAACGCAAACGGAAAGGAUUGCCAGAAAUGAAGAAAGAGAACCUGAGCGUUUGCAGCACGACACUGUGGGUUGGACAUCUCUCGAAGCUGGUACAGCAGGAGGAACUGUCCGACACGUUCGGCAAAUACGGCGAUAUCGUGAGCAUUGAUAUGAUUCCUCCUCGAGGUUGCGCGUUUAUCGUGAUGAACCGUCGCCAGGACGCGUUCAAGUCGAUGCAAAGCCUGAAGAAUCACAAGAUGCACGGACGCACCAUCACCAUCUCCUGGGCCGCCGGUAAGGGCGUCAAGAGCAAGGAAUGGAAAGACUACUGGGAUCUGGAUCUGGGCGUGAGCUACAUUCCCUGGUCCAAGCUGAGCCCCAGCACGGAUCUUGAAUCGCUCGAGGAUGGUGGCAUGUUCGACGAGGACACAAUGCCCCAGUGGAUGAAGGAAAAAUCUGCCGUCGGUGGUGGUGCGGUCGGCAUUGGUUCGGCAGCGGCUGCAGCGGCCGCUGCCAUGGGUCUCAGUUUGGCACCGGGCAUGGGCUUAAAAAAGCUGGACGGUACCGAUCUGUCUACGGCGGCAGCUGCAGCAGCUAUGCUGAACCCUUCCCUAUUUCCGCUGAGUGCGGUUGACACGAGCCAACCGCCACCUACUGCCAUGAUGGGGAUGGGAAUGCCACCUUUCCAAAUGGGUCCUGUUGCAAGAUUACCAAUACCGAUGGGCAUUCCGAUGGGUCCCAAUAUGGUACCGGGGCUAGGAAUAAAUGUGCCCCCUCCCGGUAUGAUGCUAUCGGGCAAUGCGCCCCCGUUACCGAUGGGAGGGUUUGGCGUGUUACCCCCACCACCUCCGUCGACCAGUUCGUCUGGUACCGGCAUGAUGGGUAAUGGCGGUGGUUCGUCGAAUCUGAUCAGUUCCAACAUGAGUAAAUCAUCGGCAGACGAUAUGGACAUCGAGAUGGAGGAUGAGCACACCGCCAAUCCGGCCCCAAUGGUUGGCGGCCAGAGUUCCGGUGCGUUCUUUAAUCAGCCGCCUCCACCGUUAAUGCCACCGAGCGCCGCAAACCUUCCACCAGGACCACCGGGUAACGCGGUAGGUUUCUUCGGUGCCCUGGCCGGUAACAUGCAAGACAACGGAGGUCCGUUGGAUAUAGCGAGCGAUGAUGGAGAUGGCGAAGCCGGCGGUAUGGGCCGUGCAGCGAGAGAAUUCCUGCAGCGAGCAAAUGAGGAAGGAAGAGAUGGUCGGGGCCGCGGAGGUGAUCGCAAUAGGGGGGAGGCGCGUGAUCAACGAGGAGGCUUCGACCGGGGCGGCGGUGAUAGUGGAGCACGACGCGAACGAGGUGAGCGUGGCAGUCGCUGGGGCAACAACUUCCGUGGCGGCGAAGGACCCAACAACCAGCAGCAAGAUGACCGGCCACUGUCGGAACGGCUGCGUGAGCUGGCAGGAGUGUUGGAGUUCAAUAACCAACAGCAAAGGGGAGUUGGUGGUGGUGGCGGUGUGGGUGGUGGUCGCAACUUUGGACGCGGUGGAUUUGAUGGCGAUGAUUUCGGCAAUCGUGAUGGAGAUUUUUCGCGCCGUGGCGGUAACUUCCAGCAGAAUCGUUUUAACAAUAACGCGGGAGGAAACGGAGGCGACGGUGGUGGACGUAACAUGGGUCGCAAUGGUCCGUUCGGUAAUCAACAGCAAGGAGGUGGGCGCGGCGGCAAUGGCGGUGGCAUGUUUGGCAAUCGCACCGGUGGUGGAAGAAACAACAACCAGCAGCAGCAGCAGCAACAGCAGCGUGGUCAGUUCUUUAAUGAUGAUCGUCAGCAGCAGCAGGGCGGCUUUUUUGAUCGCGACGAAGGCAGCAAUGGUUACGAUUCCGGUAGCAACAACAGUAACAACGGCAAUAAUCGUCGAAACUGGAAUGACCGGUCUGGUCGUGGUGGCAACCGUGACGAAGGGAACCGUGGACGUGGUGGCGGCAGACAACAAAAUUGGCGCAGUGGUGAUGAAAGUGCGGGAAGUGGUGAUGGUGGUGGUGGUGGUCAGCGAUUCAAUAACGCCCGCGGAGGAAACAACAACCGCAACCAGGGUGGCAACCGUGCGGGCGGUGGACCGGCUCGGUGGGACGACGAUGACGAAACCUGGGAUGACGCCAACAAUCGGUCAACUACUGGACGGCCGGCUCAAUUCUCCGCAAAUGCACGCCAGCAGCGAAGAAACUCGGAAGGAAAUGACGAGCAGGGACAGCAGCAGCAAGAGCAGGAAGCCCACCGAGAAGGACAGCCGGAAACGGAAGAUAUGACAAUGUGCGAUGAACAAUCGUCGCGGCACAGUGAACACGACACAGCCAGAGACAUGCACAGCAACGCGCUGAACAGACACAUCGGGGACGGCGAAGAGGCGGCCGAUGGCCGACGGUUUGCCCGAAAUCUGCACCAUCGAAAUGAUGAGGUCGAUGACGAACGACCGCAGCCCAUCCUGUACUCUCCCGAGCCGGAGGAUGAGUCGGAUCAGACGAAUAAUAAUAACAAUAAUAACCAGUUCGGCGGAGAAGAUAAUUCAAACUAUCGCGACGACGGCGAACGACGAUACAACAACGAUAAUGCGGAAAGAGAAUACCGUAACAGUGACGCGGAGGGCGCCAAUCACCCGGACGAAUAUCAGCCACAGGAAGACACAUCCACAUUCGGUCGAGUUUCGGAAGAACGUUUAGAAAGUCAACGGAACGACGAUGCGCCACCCCAAAGAGAGGAACAAAAUGAUUACUCCCGCAAUGAAAGCGAGCAGCAUAACCUGCCCGCUAAUGAUGAUCAUGAUCGUAACGAGCGGGAAGCAGCAGGCGGCUCAUCACCAACGAUCACCAUGCCGGAGUGCGAGCCAAGACAAGACAAUGCUGAUUCUAAUGUUCCCACAAACGACAACACCGACGACAAUGAGGCAGCUCAAGCCGAAUCAGUUGCAUGUCGGGACUUGCUCACCAGCUUCGAGAUGUGGAAUUCUGAGCGGUCCCAGUCGAAUGGCGGCGGCGGUGGUGGUUCCGGUGGUUCAUCCACCAAAACGCUCGGCAUGACGUCAGCGAUUAGUACGGCCGAACCAAAACCGGAAGACAUUCAAAAAACAAAGGAGCUGGAAAAAAGUCUAGAACCAUUUAACGUGUUCGAAGCAGAGGAGGAACUGAAUCAUCGAAUGGAAAUUUUGGCCAAGCUCAACACACUCGUCAAGCAGUGGGUUCGCGAUGUAUCGAUCGCGAAAAACAUGCCGGAAGCGAUGGCCGAAAAGCUGGGAGGGAAAAUUUAUACCUUUGGUUCGUAUCGACUCGGAGUGCAUCACAAGGGUGCCGAUAUUGAUGCGCUGUGCGUUGCACCCCGCAACAUCGAGCGUGCGGACUACUUCGGAUCAUUUUUCGACCUGCUGAAGCAACAGCCGGAAGUGACCGAGUGCAGGGCCGUCGAAGAAGCGUUCGUACCUGUUAUCAAGAUGAACUUUGAUGGCAUCGAGAUCGAUUUACUAUUCGCGCGGCUAGCAUUGAAGGAAAUUCCGGACAACUUUGACCUGCGCGACGAUAUGCUGCUGAAGAACCUGGAUCAAAAGUCCGUCCGCAGUCUGAACGGUUGCCGUGUGACGGACGAAAUCCUGCGGCUCGUACCAAACAUCGACAACUUUCGGUUGGCACUGCGCACGAUUAAGCUUUGGGCUAAGCGUCACGGAAUUUACUCUAACUCGCUCGGCUACUUCGGUGGUGUAUCCUGGGCAAUGCUGGUUGCCCGCACGUGUCAGCUCUAUCCGAAUGCGGUGGCGGCCACGCUGGUGCACAAAUUUUUCCUCGUUUUCUCGCGCUGGAAGUGGCCCCAACCGGUUCUGCUCAAACAGCCCGACAACGUCAAUCUUGGCUUUCAGGUGUGGGAUCCACGAGUAAAUGUGCAGGAUCGGUUUCACCUAAUGCCAAUCAUAACACCGGCCUAUCCGCAACAAAAUUCCACGUUCAACGUUUCCAGCUCAACGCGCAAGGUGAUGCUGAUGGAGUUUAACCGUGGCAUGCAGAUCACGGACGAUAUUAUGAUGGGCAAGCAGCUGUGGGAAAAGUUGUUCGAAGCGCCGAGUUUCUUCUACCGGUAUCGUCACUUCAUUGUGCUGUUGGUCAGCUCUAGCAAUGCCGACGACCACCUCGAAUGGUGCGGUUUGGUAGAGUCGAAGAUACGCUAUCUGAUACAAAACCUGGAGCGCAAUCAGCACAUCAAUUUGGCCCACGUCAAUCCGAAAUGCUACGAGCAGCACGAACAAAACGCGGCCACCGCCCUGAACGGUGCGGACGGGAAGCCGACUGCGUUCUGCUCGCUGUGGUUCAUUGGGUUGGAGUUUGAGCGGUCCGAAAAUCUGAACGUCGAUCUUACCGAGAGUAUACAAAACUUUACCGAUUCCGUACACAAGCAUGCGGUACACAUUAAGCUGCUGAAGGAUGGUAUGAAGAUCGAGGCACGGCACGUACGCCGGAAGCAGCUGACGCAGUAUCUCGAUCCGAAUCUGUUGAAGCGCGAGCGAAAGAUAUCGGACAGCUACACGCAACAGUCAUCCGGCACUGGUGGUGGUGCGGUGGGCGGUAGCAAUUCCAAUGGGUCAGCUUCCCCGGCAGACGCUGCUUCUCGUAAACGAAAAUCAAGCGAUCUCGCAUCCAGCACCACCACUGCCUCCUCCCUAACCAGCCCUAACGCUGGCGCUGGCUUGGUGGGCAGCAAUGGAAGUGCAAGCAAAAAACGACGAAACGAUUCCUUCGACGGUACCUCGAAUGGCAGCUUCUGCAGCACCUCGUCGACGACGGUCGUGCAAAUGAAUGCUACCGACACGCAAAGCACGGAAGCGGGCGAUGCGUCCACUGCGAGUACCAACGCCACUGCUACCGGCCAGAGUGCAUCACAGUCCACCGAUUCGGCCGUGAAUGGCGAAAGGGAUGAAAGUAACGCUCCUUCCACAUGCUCCCCCUCCGAAGAGCCACCGUCCAGUGUCGCCGGGAUUGCCGAUGAAGAAACUAACAACCCGUUCGAACCGUCCCCCCCGACCACUGAAUCCCCCCCGAAUGGUAAUGACAACAGCGGUAAGGAGAGUAAUAGUGGUAACAGUUCUACUGCGGCACCUGCGGCGGCGGCAGCAGCAGCAGCAGCAGAGGUAGCCUGCUCUUCUUGACUGACUCAUCGCCAAGCGAUGUUCCACGGUGGAGAACCAUCUCCCAAUGACGAUGCUGCUGGUGAGGUUAGUAGUAAGGAUCGGGCGCUAGUGGCGAGAAACGUUGCUGUAGCAGCUGCCGCUGUUGCUGCUGCUGUCGUUGCUUAGCCCCGGGGAAAAGCGAGGCGUAGAAUCGAUGGAGCAGAAGACGACGAAAUUGAAGGUAAUUGUAAAACUGAAACGAUCCAUGAUGCGAGUGGCGUACCAUCUCUAUAGCAGCAACACACACACAGACACACAGAGACUGACAGAAAAGCUUGGACAAAGGAUGAAGAAUGUUUGGAUGUAACAGCGAGAAACGUAGAAUCAAAUGUAUAUAUCAUUCAGAUAUGCGAAGGGCAUCAUCGCGUGUAGGAAUGAAUAUUUCUAUCGUAUAUGCCGGCAGCAGCCCGUUUCUUGUGCAGUUCUCUACAUGUGUCUACAUUAUUAAGGUAAGAAUGAUACGUUUUACCAUCGCCGUCAAACCGCGGAAGGAUGGAAGCAAAAAAAAUGCGAUGGAGACCUGUAAACAGCACAGAGACACACGCUAGACGGCGUGAAAAUUGACCGGAAAAACAAAGUCUCUGCUGCAUAGCAGAGCAUGAUGGUAGUAGAAGCAGCAGAACUAGUGAUUUUACUUUCUCCCAUUCUUUAUAUAAGCAUAGUCCUCGGCUCAUGUCUGUAUGGCUUUUUGGGAUUGGCUCCUCCUCGACAGCGCAACAGCAACGAGCGCGAAAGAAGCCACGAACGCUAUUAUCACACGGCGGAAGCAAAUGGAUACGGCCAAGGGUUAAUAUUUAACUUUUCCGUACCCGUGCCCGCGUACACUAUUGUGUCUUCUGUUUGCUGCUGUGUAAGGGGUUCAGUAUAAGUGUAACAGCCGAAACGACGGAUCAUCUGGUUUAGCAGUAGUGACGCGUGCAUACAUAGUUUACUAGUAGGGAGACAGCUUUGUGGGUGAAGAAUAGUAAUAUGGGACUGUACAUACUUUUGGAGGAGUCUAGACGAUAAAUACGAUGAAAAACAGAAAGAGAGAGAAAGAGAGAGAUUGAACGGUUGAGAAUGAUGGGAAGAAGAUAUAUAAGUAGGCGGUGGAAUCAUAUUACGAAACUGACUAUAAAAGCAGUGUAUGACCGAGAAAUUGUUCAAGCAAGGAAGGACGAGGUUUAGCAGGGUCAGCACCGAUAUGGAUAUGGAUGGAGGUUUAUGCAAUAAUUAUUGCCGUUACGUUUAUAAGAACAUUGGCUGAAAUACUGCCAUUAUGGUGGGGAUGAAUUAUUACUUUCUUUGAUACAUAUUCCCACACAUACAUAUAUAAACUAUAUUUUUUUUUUAAUGAAGGGAUAUCUUUGUACACAAUGGAUUCCGAUACAGCGAGAGUUUUUCCUGCUUGUUUUUCUUCUUGAUUCAAUUCUUAUACCAUUUUUAUACCAUGCUGAGCGUACAUGGAAAGCUAGCACGGAAUUACAUUCUUUUUUGCUUUGUUUUUAUAUUUCAACCAAUCAGGCCAAUGUCCAAUCUGGCCUGGUGGCUGGCAAGUGAGCAAUUACAAGAUUUGAUGAUGAAAGAAGGCAAAAACGGGCAUUGGAAAAGAAUUACAGAUCAGAAAAGGGCACUUUUCUCAAACUUUUCUUACCCGGUUUAUGGAGCUGGGAGAUUUAAGCCCGUUUGAGGAGAGUUAAUACAGCAAAAAAAAAAACCCCUUUAACCGAUACAGUAGCGUAACUAAUCUGCAAACUAUAAGAACAUUACCUAUUAUCGAUCGAACACGGCGUUGUUAGGAACUGACAAAGCCGCCCACCGUAAAGCUUAGCAGCAGCUUAGUGAAAGCGGCGGAAGCGCACCGGGGAAUGGUGUUUACGGCUGUGUGUAUGUCGUCUCGGCCCGACCCCGCCCCAACAACCACGGUCGUCCAGCAGCAUCGGCAGGCCGCAACGUAUAAAAAUCAAUUCAAAAUAUAUCUUUCGAAUGCUAUGUAAAGACACACUUACGAUACAUUUACUUAAUAUGACCGCCAGGGCGUCCAGUGCGUCCGUGUGUCCAGCAGAGAAUGAAUGUUGGGAAACAACGGCGAAACAAAAAAAAAAAACAUGAUAAGACGUUUAAAAUUAUUGAAUUAAUGACAAAAUUAAAUUAUUAUCAUCACUUUCUUCUCACACCAUUGCAAACCGUCAGAACCCCCUUUAUCGGUCGUAGAAUAUAUAUGGACAGUGUAAAGACGAAAAAAAAGUAUUUUCCGACUCACAAUGUAGAGAUAAAGCCAGGGAGACAGACCAGAUGAACUCCCUGCCGCUCUUGAGCUCUACACAAAUUAUAAUAAGGCUUUUUCAGUUCACCUACUUACACCUUCGGUUGUGCUUGUGUACGAAUAUUGUACGCACGAAAUAUCAUGAAAGUGAGAGGGUGAGCAAAUAAAUGAAUUUCCCUUUACUUUUUGGCACCUUACGAAACGCCGCAAACGGGGUUGCCACCUGCUCGUAACUGAACAUUAUUUGAAGCGAAGGGGUUUUUGAACUAUCCUUUUGUUUUGUGCCUAUUUUGAGCUAAAAUAUAUACAAAGCCGAAUGUGGAAGAAAAUGUUAUUUUAAUUAUAGAGGCAUAUUUCUUCCUACGAAAAAUCUCGUAUCGCGUCCCGGAUAGGCGGCAAAGCUCAUUCACAAAUGCUUCAUGCUGCAUUUAUACGACCCUUGACGUGUUGGUCGUCUGCAUUAUGAGUUUGAGUUCGGAGAUUGUAACUGCGAGGUGGAAAAACGGUUCAGCAGCAUGUGGAAAAAGGGGGGGCAUGUGGACAACCGACAGAGGCAGGAUAAAUGUUGUUGUUGUCAUGUGGCGGCCAAACAGUUUUGUAACAAUCAAUGUAAUCCGCAUACCGAUUUGAGAUUUUUUCAAUAAAGGUACAUUUAACCCCUCGUUUCAAAA